UCGUUUACCUCACCUGUGUUUCAUUUGCAAUCACUCCCUGUGUAUUUAUAGUCCAGUUUUCAGUUCAGUCUUUGUCAAGUUGUCUGCUUUUGUUCAAUGUUCCUGUGACUUUUUGCAUUUUCAUUAAAAAUAUCUGCAUCGGAUUUUCCCUGCCUACCGUCUCUGCAUUUGGGUCCACCUGCUCCACUCACCCAGCUCCUUGACAGAAACCUUUUGUCAAUCACUGCGAUGUACCAAGAAUUUAUGUUUUCUUUUAUAUGAAAUAUUAUGUGCAUACUAUAUGAUAAGUAUAUUUAUUAUUAUUUAUUGCUUUAACAUAAAGCUCACUGGGGGGAAAGUUUGGGACUUUGGGGGGUAAUGUUGUUGUAUCUGACUGUUUCUUUCAUUGUGUAUAAAAUAAAUGACUCAUAUUAUAACUUGUUGUCAUUACUGCUGUUCCAUUGCAGUUUCUAUUGUAAUUAUAACUAUAAUACUAAUCUAGUUAUGAUCUACUAUAGGACUGCAACUAAGGAUUAUUUUCAUUAUUAAUAAAUCUGCCGAUUUUUUUCUCAAUUAAUUGUUUAGUCAAUAAAAUACUACUUUUUUAUAUUCCACCUUUGCAGGUCACCAGGACAGUCCACUGUUUCUUCCCAUCCUACUUUUUCUUUUAGUUAUUGUUGUUUUCGUCAAAGCUAAUACAAAGUCUGACUAAGUUUUGUUUGUGCAGGUCUGUUAAACUAAUGAAGAUCAGUAAAUAACUGAUGACGUCAACAAGAUGGACAUUUAACGAGACACCUGUUGUCAUGGCAACGGAACGGGCGCGCCAAGUAGCGCUUUUAAAGGGGUAACGUUAGCAUUAGCUCUCCGCUACCACAAAUAAAAAUAUUUUAUCGCCCUCCUUUCAGUUAUAAGUCGGACUUUUUUUUCGAUACAUACGGCUUGUUGGCUUUACUUAUAAAAGCCCCAGCCUAUCAUGUAAGUGUUAGCUAACUAAAAGAGACGGGACUGUUAUUAUGGCUAAAGUAAGCUAGCUUAAAAUAGCCAGCCUAGCUAAAUGGCGCUUAACUUGAAUACAUUUAAUCUUAGAUAGCUAGCUAAAAGUCUGUAGGUUUACAUAUUGUGCCCUUUUUAUACAGUCAAAUUACCAUUACUAGCUUAAUUUGACUGCUCCUAUGCAGAAAUAAGUCUUCAUGGCAGCACUGGGAAGUCUGAGAAGAGGAGGAGGAGGAGGAGGGGAAGUUUUCGGUCCUGCUGGUCUAAGUGGUGAUGAAGAAGAGGAGGAAGACUCACCUGAGGUUUUACUGAGUGUUUUGGCACAGCAUGGCCAGUUGGGUCUUUGUUUCUAUGACAGUAAAGACUCCUCUUUACACUACAUGGUAGACACUCCUGACAACCACGAGCUCCGCCUGCUGGCCAGAGUCAUCCAGGAGGUUUGUCCCCAUAUCAUUCUUACCAGUGCAAAGCAGGAGCGCUGCAUGACCCGCUUCUUGCAACAACUGGGUUCAAACCCAGACUACAAACCAGAGGUGGUUACUUAUCCAUAUGUUGACUUUGGCCCGGAGGUUGGUAAGCAGAGGCUACUUGCUGCCCAUCUGCCUUUCCUGUCUGCCUUAAUUUCAGAGAGAGACAAAAUGUCCUAUCUCUCCUCCUGUAUCUCCUUCGACUCACCCCUGAUGCUGAGGGCAGUGGGUGCUCUGUUAAAAUGUCUGGACAGGAGGAGAGUGGGAGUGGAGCUGGAAGACAGCAGUGUUGGAGUUCCUAUCCUACAGUUUCACGCCUACACACUUAAAGGUGUGGUGUGUAUUGACCGAGACACCUACAGCGUUCUGCAGAUCUUCAAAUCAGAACUUCACCCAUCGGUGUACAAGCUGCAUUCAGGUGAAAAAGAAGGACUCAGUCUUUACGGAAUAUUGAACCGCUGCAGGUGCAAGUUUGGCUCCAAACUGCUACGCCAGUGGUUUCUGCGGCCAACACUGGACCUGGCUGUGUUACAAAGGAGACAGGAAGUGAUUCGUUUCUUCACGUCACCUCGGAACUCAGACUCCCUGAGCACCCUGCAGUCCUCGCUGCGCAACAUCAGAAACAUCCCAACUCUUCUGCGCAGGAUGUCUCUCUCUCAUACCAAAGUGACUGACUGGCAAAGUCUCUACAAGACAGUGUACAGUGCAGUGUGUAUCCGGGACACGGUGCGUCACCUGCCUCAGUCCAUUCAGCUGUUUCGUGACAUCAGUGAAGGGCUCUCUGAUGACCUCCACUACAUCGCCUCUCUUAUAAGCCGCAUUGUGGACUUUGAAACCAGCAUAGCCGAGAGACGCUUCACCAUCAAACCAAAUGUGGACCCUGCCAUUGAUGAGAAGAGGAGGAGGAUGAUGGGGUUGUCUGACUUCCUGACAGACGUUGCCAGGAGAGAGCUGGAGCAUCUGGAUGCUCGCAUCCCCUCCUGCUGUGUCAUCUACAUCCCUCUGAUUGGAUUCCUGCUCUCUGUCCCUCGGCUGCCCAGUAUGGUGGAUAAAGAGGAUUUUGAGAUAGAAGGGCUUGAUUUUAUGUUUCUGUCCGAGGAUCGUCUGCACUACCGCAGCCAGAGAACCAAGGAGCUGGACGACCUCAUAGGGGACUUGCACUGUGACAUUAGAGACAUGGAGACGGCAGUAAUGACUCAGUUACAGAACGCAAUCCUCGAGAGGAGCGCCUCCCUAUACAAGGUUCUGGAUCUCACUGCUGAGCUGGACUGUCUGAUGGCUAUGAGCAGCGCCUCCCAGGAGUACGGCUACACCUCACCCAAGCUAGCCAACCACAGGAAGAUAAUAGUCACACAGGGCAGACACCCGCUGUUAGAGUUGUGCUCUCCUGUGUUUGUGGCCAACUCUCUCCAGAGCUCUGAGUCUCAAGGCAGAGUCAAGAUCAUCACUGGACCCAACUCAUCUGGAAAGAGCAUCUACCUCAAACAGGUGGGUCUUAUUGUUUAUAUGGCUCUGAUCGGCUCUGACGUGCCAGCAAAGGAGGCAGAGAUUGGUCUGGUGGAUGGAAUCUAUGCCCGCAUGCAGAGCAGAGAGUCUGUGUCUGUGGGCCUCAGCACCUUCAUGAUAGACCUCAACCAGAUGGCCCAGGCUCUCAACAGCAGUACUGGCAACUCAUUAGUUCUCAUCGAUGAAUUUGGAAAAGGAACUAACACUACUCUAGAGACAGCAGUGGAUGGGGAUGAGUUAGUGUUUCUGUACCAACUGAAGGAAGGGAUCUGCCAGUCCAGCUAUGCUGCCAACAUUGCUACACUGGCAGGUUUGCCAACUGGCCUUGUACAGAGAGCAGUGGAGGUGUCUGAACUCUACAGGACAGGAAGACCCGUCAAACGCAUUGACAAAGCGUCAUCAGAUGAGCAGGCCAACAGGUGCAGGUCCGUGGUGGAGAAGUUCUUGAGCCUGGACCUGGAGGACAAAGAUUUGGACCUUCAGGGCUUCAUGAAAGAGGAGCUUCUGCCCUCUGCUGGGGAGCCGCUCAGCCGCAGCUGAACUGUUUGUGCUGGAACUGUAAACAUAUUUCUACAGCUCUGUGGUCAGUGUGUGCAGUCAGUCCCUCAAGUUUUUACUGGCAUUUGGGAAAAAGCAAGCUGAGGUGGUAGGCAUUUGGCUGCAUGUUUCUAAACACUUGACAAGAAUUCUUUAAUGGAUAAAAACGCUGUAACACAAAAACAUUUUGUGCUUGUUACAAAGGUUUAAAUUGUUGCAUAGAACAUACCAAGCUCAUUUUUUUCAUGUUUUGUUCAAUUUAAAUACCGUAUUUACAAAAUAUUAAAUAUGAUACGAACAAAUUUGCUCUUCAGUUAGAUUAUAGACAAAUCUAAUCUAAGACAAAUUUAAAUUAAUACCUUUCAUGCCGUCAUCAUCUAAAUAGUGUUUUUUAAGUUAGAACUAAUAAGAAGAAAUAAAGUUAGAACAAAAUGUACAAAAAUCCUGUAAAGCUGCUGAUUUUCCUUCACUAUGUGGUUGUUGUCCUUUCUGCAUCACUUUAAGCAGUUUUUUUCCUUUUUUUUAUUUCAAACAUGCAACAAAUAAUAAGUAAGAAAAAAAACAAUAAUAACCAAUAACAUUAAUAGUAAACUUAUACAGCAAAUUCCCAAUAAACACCAUAAAUAAAUAUUACAUGUAUGAAAAGGGAAAUGGAAGAAGUUUACACUUAUAUGGUCCUAUCCUUUUUUUGUACUUAAAUAAUGAAUUUAAUGUUUAUCAUAUAUACACAUAAAUAAUUACCUUAAUGUUUAUCAUGUAUAACUUAAAUAUUUACACUAGUGCUAAUCAAAUAUAACUUAAAUAAUUACCUUAAUGUUUUUCCUGUUUACACAUACAUAGUCAUUGUGUGGGUGCCCAUCCAGCAUGUCCCAACACUCACAGAGAAAAAAAACAAUAACAGCAACAACAGCAACAUCAUCAACAACGAGUGUCACAGUCCUGAGAGAAACA